AUGUGGCACGUGCCACACAAACUAAAGCGUACGUCCGCCCCUGGAGGCAAUGUAAUAACCACACUCUACUCUCUUGAUUUGAUGAGACAAGGUCAAUCAAUUGUUCAUGCUUUUUAUAAGCAUGAUGAUGCUGCUAAAAAUGAAUACAGAAUCAGAUUGAAUGCUUCAAUUGAUGUUUGUAGAUAUUUAUUACGGCAAGGAUUACCUUUUCGAGGUCAUGAUGAGUCAGUAGAAUCAGCUAAUAGGGAAAACUUCAUAGAGCUUCUGAAAUAUACUGCAGAUCAAAAUGAGCUUGUAAGGAAGGUUGUGUUGGAGAAUGCUCCAAAAAAUAAUCAGAUGGUGUCUCACAAAAUUCAGACUGAUCUAGUGCAUUGCUUUGCAGAGGAAGUUAUUAGAUCUAUUAUUCAAGAAGUUAAUCACGAUGUAUUUUGCUUGUUGGUGGAUGAGUCUGCAGAUGUUUCUACUAAGGAGCAAGUGGCAGUGGUUUUUCGCUUCGUUGAUAAAGAUGGGAUAGUAAAAGAAAGAUUUAUUGGUCUUAUUCAUGUUCAAGAUACAUCUUCUGCAACUCUGAAAUGUGCUGUUGAUUCAUUGUUUGCAAAGCGGGGGUUGAGUAUGAAAAAAUUAAGGGGACAAGGUUACAAUGGAGCAAGUAACAUGAAAGGUGAGUUUAAUGGGUUGAGAUCUUUGAUUUUAAGGGAAAAUAGUACUGCAUAUUAUGUACACUGUUUUGCUCACCAGCUUCAAUUGGUCGUCGUGGCAGUUGCUAAAAAACAUUUUGAAGUUGGUGAUUUUUUUGAUAUGAUUUCGGUUUUGUUAAAUGUGGUUGGAGCAUCUUGUAAGAGGAAAGAUAUGGUUCGAGAAGACCAACGAAGGAUCAUCGAAGAAGGAAUUAGUCAAGGUGAAAUUAAGACAGGAAAGGGACUGAAUCAGGAGCUUUCAUUUCAAAGACCUGGUAAUACUCGAUGGGGUUCUCACUACAAUACCUUAGUACGAUUAGUUGAUUUAUUCCCUUCUAUUGUGAAAGUAUUGGAGUAUGUCCAGAGCGAAGGGAGUGAUGGUGUCAAAAGAAGGCAAGCUAAUGGUCUCAUCAAAUAUUUGCACACCUUUGAUUUUGUGUUUUACUUACAGUUGAUGUUACUUCUUCUCGGGAUCACAAAUACUCUAUCGGUGGCUCUGCAAAGGAAAGAUCAAGACAUUUUGAAUGCUAUGUCUCUGGUGAAAUCUACCAAGCAACAAUUGUACAAUCUCAGGGAUAAUGGAUGGGAUUCUUUGGUUGAAAAAGUUAAUUCUUUUUGUGAGAGUCAUAACACUGAGUUGAUCAUCAUGGAAGAAGAAUUUGUUGAUCCAAAGAAGCCAAGACGGAGAACCAACAUGACAAACUUGCAUCAUUAUCAGGUGGAAUGUCUUUACACUGUAUUGGAUAUGCAAAUUCAAGAUUUUAAUGAUUGUUUUGACGAGGUAAACACUGAAUUGCUUAGUUGCACUGCGUCUUUGAGCCCUUUUGGUUCCUUCCACGAGUUUGACCAGUCGAAACUUGUGAGGUUAUCUGAGUUUUAUCCGGAAGAUUUUUAG